AGUAGAUGAUCAUGCAGCAGUCAGAAUGGCUGCAUUCCAUUUAGGUAAUGGCGUCUAUACGGCGGAGAGAGUUGCAGCCACCGAAUCGCCGUCUGGGCCACUUGUCUCUCAUCCCUCUCCUCCCCUUCCUCUCCGCUAGACUGGACGUCUUCCACUUGGACCACGCCUGCGUGUGUCCGGUAUGGCUCUCGCUGUGCGACGGCGAACUGUCGUUCGUGUCCUCAUCUUUGCUGUCUUCGCACUCCUGGUCAAACUCUUCGUUGUCUCGCCUACGGAUGCUUCAGUCGCCGCCCUCUAUGGGCCUACCGACCCGAAGCAGAUACGAAAGCAGAACGUGUUGGACCUCGUGACGCGGUCUGACAAGCAGCUCGAUGCCCGGAGACAUGAGUUCUUGCAGGUCCGAAUGGGGAGGGACGAGAGGCCGGACCUGUUCUCGGAUCUCGUCAAUGUCGGCGUUCAGGAUUACUGGGAGCGGUUCCAGAAACCUUACAUCCUCGGCCAUGACACUUCCCACAUGGACGAGCAAUCCGUGCUGUCCGCCAUCGAGCAACUUCUGAGCCUAAAUGGGUGGGUCGCCGCACUGUGCCCGACCCUCGCGCGCCCGUUCGGCCAGAACAAGUACGAGGACGCGUACGAAGACCUCGCCCGCCAGAACAACCUGUACUUCGUGGGCAUGGUCAUCCAUUCCGCGGACCACUUCCUCGUCGACCAGCUUGCCGUCAUAGUGCAGCUGGCAAGGCGGCUCGGGUCCUCCAACAUCUUCGUGUCCAUGCUUGACUACGACUCUUCCGACUCCACCGAGACCUUGACCGACCUCUGCGAAGCCGUGCUCACCCUUCUCGGCGUGCCGUACAGAAUACGUCGCAUGCCGGGCAUGACAGAAGACCCUUCGGCGGCUUACUAUCCACUUGAGGAGGCGUACACUCGGAAUCUUGUGUUGGAACCCCUUCAUGAACUCUACGAGAAGCGGAACAUCAAGUUCCAGCGUGUCAUCUGGCUCAAGGGUUUCACAUGUCCGAACGAUAUCCUCGAAACCAUCAAGGUCAGCAUCGUAAACGACGCUGCUAUGGUCUGCGGCAUGGACUGGGCAGAGCACAAUGGAUUCUUCAUAUUCUCCGACCGCUGGCGCACGCGCGACAUCAACGGCGACCAAUUCCGUCAAUCCAAGUCUUCCGCCAUCUCCGAGUCUGCCCUUACGUCCGUUCCUCCGCGCGACCCGACCAGUGCACAGCGCUACAAGCAACAUCUUCCUUUCCAGGUCUUCUGCUGCGAGUCCGGUACGCACGUCGUGGAUCCCGCUCAGUCUUACUACGCAGGUAUCAAGUACCGUGCCGGAACGGACUUUUUCAACUCGACCGCCAGCCACGAGGAAGUCCCUGAUCGCGACCCGGACUCACCUUGCCUCGACAGCACUCAGGCAUGGUUCUGCCGUGACCUCUGGGUAUGGAAGGCGAAGGAAGGCAUGAAGGACAUCGACCCCGAGAUGGACUCCCCCCAAUCCACCGACGCUGCGCAAGCACCAAAACGUAAACGUGCCCCAGAGCCCGAACCGGCUGACGCGGAGCCGCUUGCGCCUCGCCAGGCGGACAAGGCAAAGGCGCAGGACGAUGCGGAUGCCAACGCAGGGUCAGAUUUCGACGCGUCAGACCUUCCUAUCCUUGAUCCCCCCGAGAGCACCGAAACCCCACUACAUUUGACCAUCCCGAAUGCGGUCUUCUUAGCGGCCAGGAUAUUGGUGAAUCCACGGUGUGUGACUACGUACGCGGGCGUGUCCCACACCCAGCUGGCGCUAGACUUGUUCGGGCCGCCCGACAGAGAAGAGGAGCAGGAGGUCGGCAGGCAAGACGUACUUGAAGACUGGGAAGGCGCGCCGGAUACAUUCGUUUGUCAAGAGCAAAGGACAACUGGCGGCCGAAGAGCAGCAAAAACCCAGAGGAGGAUCUCAUUCUCCAUCCAUCGAGAAUUGGAGGAGAGCUUGCUGUCAUGAACCUAGCAUUUGGCACUAGGGGGGUCACACUUUGCAUGCGGACAUGUUCAUCUUACCUAGAGUACAACAGGGAUAGAGUUGUUGUAAAUAUAUCUAGAUAUCCUUCUGUAAUGGGCGCCAGGUCAACGACAAGUGGCCGUACAUCCGGCAAGUUGAGUGGACAGACGACGCGGCUUGAAAUACUUGGUGGGCUCCCAUCGUUGAGUUGAUUAGGUGUAUAGUCUGUUAGACGCUUGUUUUCGACGGGCGGACAUGCCAACAACUGUUCCGAUGGAUAACCCAAAGCCAUAUUGUAGUAUUCUGGUAGGGUAUGCGGCUGACUACUUCCUCCUUGUUCGACUCCUCGCCCCAAACGCCUUGAAAGUAGCCCCGUCAUCGGAAUCAUCGUCCACCACAAUAGCAGGGGCUUUCUUUCUUGCGGUCGCAGGCUUCGCCUUCGAUGAUGGCUGGGUCCCCGAUCGAGUACUUCGCGCAGUCGAUUUCAACGUUGCUGCUGGGUCAUCGUCCUCUUCUUCUCCGUAUAAGCCAACAUCAGGAUCGGAAUCCAUACGGAAGUCAUCAUCCUGCUCGUAGUCGACUGGACCUGCAGCUCCCUCUCCAUCGUCAUCGACGUCGUCGUCCGAGUCGAUGAACAGUGGCUGCCGCUGCGAGCCUGCCUUCCCCCGGGUAGCCCUAGUCGCUGUGUUCUUCUGAGCACUCGGCGGCUUCACAGCCUGGGAUUUCGCCUGACUCUUUCCUUUGGCAGGUUUGGAGACGAAAGGCUCCUCGUCGUCGUCCGAGUCCAAGACAAGAGCCGGAGGUUCCUUGGUGCUACGCUGAGUUAAGCGGUGCGUAGCGCCGCUUCUUGGUUGGAACUGGGUAUGGGGCUGAGACUGAGAUUGGGUGGGCAGCGCGGCCGGUGAGCCCUUCCAAUACUGAGAUCCGAUACCGAGGUCGCUCUCUUCUUCCACCACAAGUUCGACGGGCUGCCGCCGCUCACCCGUAGUCUUCUUCUUGAACUUCUUGAAAUCCGGCCGCCCAACCCAUUCAGGCCUGCCUUCUCCUCUCCUCAGAUGCUCCCUGUUCGUGCCCGACUCCCUGAACACCGGGCACUCGCAAACGACCAUGAAGUUUCCCCUCAGAUCACCGUCGUCCCCAAACUCCUCCAAGACCUUCCACUCGUCGUCCUCCCUGACCCUCUCCAGAUCCGGCUUCGAGAUCCUCAAAUUAUUGAACUCCUUGUCAAACGUAUCCUCGUGCUUCUUCCCCCGCUUCGUCGACGCGACGGCCUUCAGAAACGCGUCGUCCCGAUCCGGCUCACCCUGCUGCUGCUGCUGCGUCGCCUUCUUACCGCCCGACGGCUUCGGCGGCUUGACGUGCACCUGGGACUGGGCCAUGUCCACGCGGGUGACGACCUUGGACAUCGGCACCGACUGCGUCUGGUGCUGCCCGACCGACUGGCCCGACGGCGGCGCCUGGUUCUGCGCGGCGCCCGCCUCCCCUCCAGUCCGUCUCCUCGUGCGCGGGUGCUCCUCAUCCUCCACGUCCUCGCCCCCGUCCUGCGUCUUCCUCUUCGUCCCCCUCUGCGUCUGCGACGCCAACACCGUCCCCUCCUCUUCCUCCUCCAUCACCACCCCGAGCCCGCUCCCCGCGCCCGCGCCCCUCCCACCCGUCCCGUCGCUCCUCGUCAUCGUCGCACCCCCGCGGCCGGACGCCUGCGUCGCGAACGUCACCGAAGGCUCGUACUGCGUGACGCUCUCCCCUCCGCCCCCACUCCCGCCGAGGUGCUGGCUCGCGUACUCGCCGACGCCCAUGCGCGCCACGCGGUCCGGGUCGCUCUCCUCAAAGAGCGCCUUGUACUUCUUGAGCGGGGGCUCCCGCACGUCGGCAUCGGGGACGAGCACGUCCGCGUCGUCGCCCGCCGCCGACGGGGGAAAGAGCUGGCUGGCCGCGGAAGCGGUCGCCUGCGUCGCGCCCGCGACGCCGACGCGGCGCUUGAGGCGGGACGGGCGGACGGGCGUCGGGGGCACGGAGCUGCCCGGCCGCCUGUAGGCCUCUUGCGCCUGCGGCUCUUCGGAGGCACGGCCAGCCGCGCUGUCCACGUCCAUGGACUCGUCGUCGGUCGCAUUCGCCUUUGGGCGCGCCGCCCUCCGUACCAACGUCCUCCUCGGCUGCGCCGGCUCGGCCGUCGCUGCAGGCUCGGGCUCUUCCUGCACGGCCGGCUGAGAGGGCGGCUCGGGCGGUUGCGACGGCGCGCGCGACGACGCUCUUGAUGUCGCCCGUCGCGUGAGCCUGCGGCGCGGGGCGGCACUCGGCUCUGGUUCCUGGACGACCUCAGGCUCCUUGUCUAGCGGAGGCGGAGCACGGCGGGGGGGCACCACGGUGCUGCUCGUGACGACCGACGGCUCAUCUUCGAUCGUGUUCGGCACGACGUCCGGGAGUGGAGAAUCUUCCUGAUCCUCAUCAGGGUUGCACGUCGCGUCGAUGUACGAGACAUCCGCAUAGACGACAGCCUCCACGAGCUUCUCGGGAGGGACGAACUUGAGCUCAAAGCUCCUCGCCUCCUCCACCAAGCCCGCCCACCCAUCCCUCCCGACGGCGGCCACGACCGCCUCCUUCCCAGCGACGGGCACAACCGCCGCGCCCCUCGCCCUUCCCUUCCCUAACACCUGCCUGAACGCCUCGCGCCCGUUUGCCGCCGCGAAGCACUCGUACUCGCCCCCGCCCCGCUUCACCAGCUCCCUCAGCGCGCUCUGCGCCUCCGCGCCCUUCUCCCCGACGAAGACCGCCCGCGCGCCCCUGAACACCGCCGCGCGCCGCUCGUCCCGCUCCCACACCUCGUACUUCUUGAGCGGCGGCGGCAGGCUGGCUGCGAAGCCGGGGCGGUGCUUGGUGGUGGGUGGCAGGACGCAGUGUUCUUCGAGGAGGGAGAGCUCGCCGGGCUCGUCGGCGCGGCCGGCGGCGAGGACCGCGGUGAGCCAUUCGGGCUUGACGAGCGUGACGGCGGCUAUGAGGGAGGCCGCGAUGGACGGGGUGAGGGCGUAGGUGGGCGUGAGGUGGUGGGUCACGUCGGGGUGGAAGGUCGGAACGACGUGGAUGCCGAGCUGGGCGCAUUCCUCGAUCGCACUGUGGGGAACGCCCUUGCCUGGAGGAUUGUAGCAGCAUAUGGUCUCCCAGCGUACCCUGACGAAUAUGCUCGCAGAGAGGUGGACGAUAUCUCGAUUCUCGAGCCGGAUGCUGUUCUUGGGUUGACAUGGGACGCGAGGACGGGACUGGGAGGGGCGUUCGAUGGGUCGUAUGCGGUCUGUCAGAUUCUGGAAGGUGAGCGUAGGGACAAAGGCAGGAUCUGCAGCCUGGUCCUCUGAACAAGGGCCGACAAUGAAGAGCGCGUGAGCUUUGGAGAUGGCCUUGCUCUUGAUCUGAAGGGGCUGGUCUCUGCGGCCGAGGCCAUAUUCCCUGCCCGUCUUGAGCAACUUGUCCUUAUCUGGGGCGUGGCCCUCGGAGUGGUC